CUCAACGGCGUGGCCAUCAUCGUCGGCACCAUCAUCGGUUCCGGUAUCUUCGUCACCCCGACCGGCGUGUCGGGCUCGCCGGGACUGUCGCUGGUGGUGUGGGCUGUCUGCGGGGCCUUCUCCAUCGUGGGUGCCCUGUGCUACGCUGAGCUGGGCACCACCAUCACCAAAUCCGGCGGGGAUUACGCCUACAUGCUGGAGGUGUCGCUCUUCCUCAAGCUCUGGAUAGAGCUGCUCAUCAUCCGACCCUCCUCGCAGUACAUCGUGGCUCUGGUCUUUGCCACCUACCUGCUCAAGCCCAUCUUCCCCACCUGCCCGGUGCCCGACGAGGCUGCCAAGCUGGUGGCUUGUCUCUGUGUCCGUAAGUACCCGCAGACCUUCCGGAG